UGAUGGUCACAGUUCGUGUUUAGUUGCCAUGUCGCCUCACUGGUUAGUGGUCGGCCUCCUCGUCACUGCCUCGCUCGGACAGGCUGUUCGGAGAACGAGGAAGGAUGCUACCUAUCUUCCGCCCAUCGAUCGGAGCUUAGAUAACAACGGGACUGAACACUUCACAAUACCCGGGAAUCAUCAUGGCGACGAGGGAGAUGACAUCUUACUCACAGAGGAACAGCUCGCAGCAGCUAACCUGAGCAGGCUGGAGGGGGAGGAAUUGCUCGAGAAACUGGGGGACACGAUGCUGACCCCGGAGCAGCUGGCCGCCAUCCUCAACAGGAAGGCGAUCAACGACGUCACCAGACACUGGCCUGAUGUCAACGGCUUCCCUCACAUUCCCUAUACCUUUGAGGACGACCUGGUUGACAAGGCAGCCGUCCGGAGCGCCAUCCAGCACUGGAUCGACAACACCUGCUUCACCUUCACCGAGGUCCCGAACACCAGCACUGGAGAACGCAUUAAGUUCAUCCGCCACGCAUCCGCCUGUAACUCUUACGUGGGAAUGGUCAGCGGCAGCGGAGGGCAGAUCAUCAACGUGCCCGAGUGGUGUGAGCAGUCGUUUGGCAGUCUGGUGCACGAGGUAGGGCACGCCUUGGGACUCUGGCAUGAGCAAUCAAGGUCUGAUCGAGAUACAUACAUCAUGAUUCUCACACAAAAUAUCAGGUCAGCGGCGCUUCAUAACUUUAACCUCAAGACGACCAACAACUAUGGUGUACCGUAUGACUAUUCCUCAAUUAUGCAUUACUAUGCGCAGGGCUUCUCUCUGAACAGCCGCAAUACCAUCGUGACCAAAGAUCCGAGGUUCCAAGCUGAAAUUGGCCAGCGCGAAGGCCUCUCCCACAUGGACAAGCUCUUAGUAAACACCAUGUAUGGCUGUACAGAUAAACUCCUCAUCACGUGCGGACUACCUAGUGAUCCCUGUCAGAAUAAUGGUUAUUUAGGAAGUGACUGCACUUGUGUGUGUCCUGAUGGAACUUCAGGGAGCAACUGCGAGACUGUUGAUACACUCUAUAAUGAUGCUAUCCUAUAUUUCAACACUGAGAUCGUCACCGUUGAGAAAACUGUUAAAACCGUGAAUCACCCUAAUGCUUUCCCUCAUGAUUCGGAUUUCGUCAAGUGGAUAAUCGCCCCCGAGUGUAAUGAAGUAAAACUAACCUUCACGGCAUUCAACGUGUACCAAGCGACUACACGAACGAUAGACGGCGUUAACACACUCGGCUGUUGGUACGAUGCCCUGGAAAUCAGGACUACUAGUGCAUCGGAAGGGCAGUGGUUCUGUGGGACGGAUAUUUCGCCUGGCCAAGAGUUCCAGUCUGUUGGAGGAGAAAUGAUUCUUUAUUUCAAAGUUGGGACAAAUUUCAAAACCGGCUGGUCGGCUGACAUCACCUUUGUUCCCAUUCCUUCCUGCGCGCCUUCGGGAACAACUACCACCACAACUACAAGUACAAGUACUAGCACCACCACGACUACAAGCACAAGUACUAGUACGACUACAACUACAAGUACCACUACAACUACAAGUACCACAACAAGAACGUCUACAACUACAAGUACAUCUUCAACUACAAGUACCACUACAACAACCACAGUCACAUCGACAACAACCACAAGCACAUCAACAACAACCACAAGCACAUCAACAACAACCACAGCCACAUCGGCAACAUCAACAUCAACAACUACAACCACAACAACCACAACCACAACGGCCUCGGUUGGUCAGUGUACCUCAUACACAGAAAACGGACUGACUUAUUUAAUUUCUCCAAACUUCCCUGAAUAUUAUCCACCAAACGCGUACUGUACCCUUUCAGGAAUUACAGAGGAGCUCGCCACAGUGAAUUUAUUCAUCAGGAUUCUUCGGCUGCGUGCUGGUGACACCCUCGUGAUCCAGAACCCUUACACGCCGCCGCUAACCCUGUCGGGGAAAAAAAGACGAUAUAGGAACAUCAUCCCCAGUGCACAAUUCCUAGCUACUUUCACGUCCAAUGCUGUCGGAGAGUGGAAAGGUUUCUAUGCACAGUUCAACCCAAGGACCUCGUCUUGCCACCAAGUCCUCUCCGCCAGCCCCGGGGGAGUCAUCACGUCGCCGAGGUUCCCCCGCAGGCACCCGAGGAAGAAGUACUGUGAAUGGAAAAUCAUGGCGUCGGUUGGCAAUAAAGUUCAGCUGACCUUCACCCACAUGCGCCUGGGAACCUACGCCAAGAACUUCGUGGCUGUGAACCCAACCACCGACCUUUACUACACCCCUGGUUCUGUCCUCUCCUUCAAUGGCUUCGCACUCCCGCCGAACGUCAUUUCGGACUCGAACUUCAUCAGGAUCUUCUUCUCCGGCAAGAGGAGGAGCAAGGGCUUCAGACUGAUGUAUAAUGAGGUUUAGAGAAAGGGGGAAAGAGGAGAAGAGGAAGGGGGGAAAGAGAGUGGAAGAAGGAGGAGAGGGAGGAAGAAAUGAGGGUGAGGGAAGGAGGAGAAGAGGGAAGGAGGGAACUAAGGAGGGGGAAGAAGGAGAGGGGAGAGAACAGAAGGGGAAUAAUGACAGACUAAAAACCUUAGAGCAGAAGAGGGGGACUGGAAGAAAACUAGGGAGAAAUAAGGGGAAAGGAGAAAAAACAAAGGAAAAGGGGAAUAAAAGAGUAAAAGAGUGAAGGAGGCGAAGGCAAAAUGAGAAGAGAAGAGGACAGAAAAUUCAUUCUAAGUGAAAGGAUAAUGUUUCUUAUUGGUUCGAUAGUUACAUCAAUUGGGUUUGAAAUUUCGCCUUUCCCCAGGUUUCGAGACUAAUUAUGCUCACGCAGUUAUACACACAGUUAAAGUUGCUUCGGGAAAUGCAAGGUAUUUAUCUGAUGAAUUAGUACAGAUGUAUUUUAUCUAAAUGUAUCAUAUUGAAAA